AUGUCUCAUGAUCAUGAAUAUUGUUCUUGCUUUGCUACUCGUACAUUACCACCUGAUGAUGUUUUUUACUUGCAAAGAAUGAACCAACAACAGCCUCUUAUUAUUCGAAAGCCACGAAUGAGUGUGAAUUAUAACUAUGUGCCACAACUUAUUCUUGAUCAUGAUAUAAAUUAUAGUGAUGAAAUUGAUGAAGAAGAAACAGAUGAAGAGGAGGAAGACAAUAAUAAUGAACUAGUGGAUCACGACAUGUUUGGAUAUUUGGAACCACCAACUUAUUACUAUGCUCGUGCUAUGCAUAUAGAUGAUGGUGAGGAACAAGCAUAUUGUUUCAUAUGUUGUCUUGAACUUCAGAAUGAAGAUAUAUUAAUAGUGACACUUCCAUAUGGAGAUGCGUUUCAUGUAGAUUGCGUCAACGAUCAGCUGAGAAGGAGGAAUGCUGAAGUCUUACCCACACACGAAGAAAUAGUAGAAGAAGAAGAAGAAGACGAGUUCGAGGAUGAAGAAAUACUAGAAGAAGAAGAAGAAGAAGAAGAAGAAGAGAAGUUUGAGGUUGAAAUAAGUACUUAUAAUGCUCUUGCAAUGGAUAUAGAUGAUGAGGAGGAACAAGAAACAUGUGCCAUUUGUUUACUUGAGUAUAAAGAUGAAGAUAUCGUUGGCACACUUCAAUGUGGCCAUGAAUUUCAUGCAGGUUGCGUCCAGAAGUGGUUGUUGCAAAAGAAUGCAUGUCCGUUUUGUAGGGCUCCAGUUUAA